AUGAACCGUUGCGGGACCAACGCUCGAGCAGAAAUUGAGGUCUUGCCCCUGGUUGAUGCUGAGCCCGUCCUACGCCUAGAGGAUUGUCUCCAGGCCAUCAAACAGCGCUUUCUACCCAGAGGAAGCGCCAUCUUUCAGCAACUGGACAGGAACUACAGCCUACUUACCCUCGACCAGUGUAAGGACGUCUCCGACUUUGCAGCUCGCCUUCGAAAAGCACGGAACGAAAUCCACGAGCUGGAUCAGGACUGUCGAAUUGGGGAGUGUUUCUUCGUAAACAAAUUCCUAUCAGGACUCACUCCCAACUAUUCCACCUUCUUAACAGCCUUUUACCAAACGCAUAGGCUGAUCCCCGAGCGCGAUAACGCGGGUAUUGUAACCCAGAAGGCCGUCACCUUUAAUGAAGCUGUCAUAGCUGCAGAAAAGGAGGAACAAUCUCAGCAGCUUACCGAUAAGACUAUACCAGGUACUUUCGCCGCUGUACGGAACGGGCAACAGCAAUACACACAUUAUGCUAGAACUAGGCAUGAGAAGGAGAGCUGUUGGAAACUCCACCCGGAACUCCGAGUCGAAUUUUACAAGACGAGAGAUGAGCGCGAGAAGAAGAGGAAGAAGGUUAAGGAAGAAGACGCUACCGUAGUGGGAAAAUCUGGUUCCAGACAUGCGUUGUUGUUGUUGGACAAUAACCACAAUUAA